AUGGACAGCAAUGAAAAAGGACAUACUAGAAGACAGCGCAGGUCUUCUCUCUCACAGCAGCUACAACGGGUCUUCCAUUUGGAUAAGCAUGUGAAUAAAGAAAGGCGCAGGCGAUCGUCAGAUUCGAUAGAGGCUCGAACCAUAAGGACCCCUAGGCAAGAGCGAGAGGGGAUACAGCAGACAGACGAGGUUGGCUUAGGCGGCAGUACAAGUCGAUCCGCAUCAUUAUUAAGAACGCAUGAAGAUGUCGGUCCACGAAUAGCCCAAGGUCCAGCCUUUCCGACUUUUGGUGACAAUGAGCUCGUGAAGCCAUCAGCACACUCUAUCAGCCAGGGAACAUUGCAACUGUCCGACUCGUCCUCCCUCAUGGAUAUGCCUUCUGGCAAGCACGGGUCAUUCAGCCCCGCUACUUCGAUCAACAAGGCGACGGAUAGGAAUGAAAGAAGGGCUACAAGGCGCCUAGAAGCAGAAAGGUUGGAGCUUGAGAAGAGGUUUCUUGACCUCGAAAAGAGCGAGCAAGGCCAUGGGACAACCCAACAGCAGAAAGAAUCUAGGCGCCUUACCAAAAAACAACCUAUAAGAAGCUCAAGUAGGGCAUCGAGUCUGAGUGGGGAUGAGUCUCGCCCAUCACGCCGAUUCUCUUCUCUCUUCUCAAGUUCGAGGCGAAGUUCCCGGUCACGCUCGAAUUCCCUAAGCAGAAGUGACGGAGACUAUCCAACUCAACUACCAGCUGAUGCCGAAAGAUCACAAUCUGGACUGCACUCGGGAUCGCACGCAGCUCAACCUCAUAUUGCUGUGAAGAUGCCUAAUCGCUUCGGCGCCGUGAUAUCCAAAGAGCUCUCCGUCAACAGCGCCCUGACUCCAUACCAACCUGAGCCUGCGCCCAAGCGGGAGCUAAUGCCGGCGAAUCCUAUCAGUACAGAAUCCAAGACAAAUGAGUCUACCAGGCCUGAUUCUCGCAUUAUCGAAAACAAUUUGUCACACGAACAAGGCCCUGUGCAAGACCACACCGUUGCCAUCGACAGUAACGCGCAUAGGGUAGCAUCAAGAGCCCCUAGUCUUCCUGUCCCUACAGACCUGGACCGCUUGUCGUUCGCAGCAACCCUCAACCUUAAAAGUAGGGAGUCUGGCAACGUGAGGUUAUCUGGACAUCGUCGGUCAUUGACGGUGUCUUCCCCGGAACUGCUGAAUAAACGGGAAAGACACACUCGCGGUAGCUACAAAAGCACUCGGAUAGCUCAGGUGGCAGCUGAUGGUGGAAAGUCUUCGAGAAUUUCGCUGUCGUCGACUAACUUACAAGCCAAGUCGUUGAGGGCUGCACCGAACAGAACUUCCACGGACCGCUAUCUUCAGAGACAGUAUAAGAGCUACGUUUCAUCACCCCUUGCAGAGGCCUCAGCCGUGGACAGCAGAUGCAAUUUGUCUUCAAAUGCUAGGGAGGCUUCAAACACAAUGUCUUUGCAAGCUUCCAUCGAAGAUAAACCAAUCCCUGUGGAUUCUGUCAAGAAAACUUUAGAUCCCAAGUAUAAGCAGACACAUCCACAUGAUACGAGGCGUCUAUCCGGGAGAGACGGUGAUAAAGGCGAAGGAGACCUUGCACAGCCUCACAGUAUCGUUGAGAACCCGCAGGAGCGCUCUGUUGUUGGCUACACGUGGGCGAGUCAGCAUCUCCAGUCACCUUUGAGCAAACGCAUUCAUACAAACCAAGAUGGAGCCCAUGCAGUGACAUGCCGAGAGCCUGGAAUUGAGAAGUCGGAUUCUCGGACUCACAACACAAAUGGCAGCCUAACUGAUCUAGACGUCUACGAAGCGAAGCAUGCAGGUCAGGACGAACACCCAGAAUCUCAAGGUGCUCCACCGCGUUAUAGAACUCAAGCUUGUCAAAAUCUAGCUCAAAGCCUUCAGGAUGCUCCUAUAAUGCAGCGACCUGAAGCCUGUCAUGUGUCUCAUGAGAGUAAGCUUACACAACGGAGAGGUUCCAUUUCGUCAAUAUCCGCAUCUUCUGAAGAGCCACGAUCAGAAGAUUACAACACUGCAGACGAAGCCUGCUCAUCUAUUUCGCUUCCUCAGCAGGAUGGCAUUGCCUCAGUCAGCUUUCCUCCCAUUGAUGACACUGUACCAAGGACAUUGGACUAUAUUGACGACGAUGUGUCGCUCAGUGUGGGAUCUUCAACCUCCGAACUAUGCAACACGCCGAAAGGGCGAAUGAACGGACGCGUGGAGCAAUUGAAAAAUUUACAAACAGCCAGUCCGUUUAGAAUGCUCUUUGUCAUCUGCUGUCACUGCGGCCAUUGGCACGAUCUGCCAUCGAAAAUGCGUGCGAAACUCACUUCGCUGAGCACAUCUCCAGUCACCAAAGAGCAUAAGCUCUCCACUGACAAGGGCGAACCACGUGCUGUCCAAGAAUGUAUUAAUUCAAAAAUACGCAAAAAUAGUUUGUCAGGACAGUGUAUCGAUUUAUCAAGUACCAUGUCUCCUGUCUCUGCUGCAAGGUCUCAAUCUCCGACUACGGUGCAGUGCUGUUGGUGUAAUCAUCGCAUGGAUAGGUCAUGUUGCCAGGCAUGGACAACCAUCAUUCGCAUGUGUGAAAGGCAUCACUAG